GAUUUAUUUAACUUAUUUAUAUAUUUGUAAAUACUAAUUUUGUUGAAAUAUGACAUAAGGAAUAAAGAACGGAACUAACAUCCAUAGGAAGAGUGACAUAAUGCCGGAAAAAGUCAUCACAACAGAUCCACCGCAAAUAGACGAGGAUGAUUUUGAAGACUAUCUUGCAACAGAUGACUUAUUUGUCGAUUAUUUCAACACGUUCUUAGGCCUCCCGAGUUUUCCGGAGCCGUUGCGCUUCAAUCCUGAGUCUGGUGGAUUCGAAGUUCUAACAAGUGCAAAGCAUGACAUUGCUGAAAAGAUAAAAGAGGCAGCAAGAGUUCAUAACACGCCCCGACCACAGACGGCUGCUUCAAGAUUUUAUGGAAAGGAGGAUGAAGAUAAUGACGAAGACAUUAAAACAAGUUUCAGCGUCAAGUGUUUGGACAAAGAGCAGGGAAUUCAAUGGAUUAAAGAAGAGAGAUUGCCGUCAUUUUUACAGAGUGAGCUUUAUAUGGAAUACAGACUCGCCAAACUCCUUUCUCAAGUUGAAACAAGUCCUGGUGGGAUGAAGCUUACAAUUGAUCCAGAUUUCAGACCAUGGUACAAGCCUGUAAUAACUCCAGCAUCUCCACCACCUGUUGAUGAGACAGAAAUUAUGAUUCAACGAAUGUUUGUUACAUUGGGAUCAACACCAUCUUCUCAGACUAAAGAAUGGUUCACAAUGGCUAAAGAAGCACAAGAAGAAUCAACAACCAUUACACAAUCCAGACCCUUAUCAAGUACAACCAUAACAACUGGUGUCUGGGCAAGACCAAGCAGUUCUUCAAGGCCGACCAGUAUCCAGAGCGCGAGGCUUGACAUUGGAGAAGACAGUUCAAGAUUUUUAGAUAGUGGAAUGUGGACUGGAGGAUACACUGAUAGAUCAUAUGGCAGCACCCGAAAAACGAAGAGUGCAAAAAGUGCUGUAACAUUUGAAAAAGAAGAUAAUUCUGAAUCUGAUUCAACACAUGCAACGAAGCCAAGUACUUCAGUUAAGAAGCUGGAUUUUUCCAAGUAUCCUGAAAUCAUUCCACAAACACCACCUACUGUACCAAUUCAUAUAGAAGAUACUGCAUGCAUGUUGUCCGAUACAACAUCUACUACAGGAAAAGUUGGUAAAGUAGCUCACAUUGAACCAGAACAAUCAGAUGAAGAAUCAGAUCAAGGAAUGGGAAGCAGUGAAUGUGAAAGUUCGAUCGAAGAUUUGACAGAAAACUAUUCAGAUGAUUACGGCCUUGAACUCAGAACCUUGGAAGAUUAUUCUUCUGUUUUUGUUGCUUUGAGUUUGAAAAAAGCAUUGAUGACAUUGAACAAAAAUAUUACAGAAGAUACAUUGGAUGACAUGCAGGUUUUUGAAGACAUUAUUCCAAAACCAAAAGAUUGGAUUCUUGGGUUGAGAGGCUCAAAGAGACCAGUUCCAGUCAGCAAGCUUGAUGAAAAGUUGUUUGCUGAAGCAAUCAUUGCACAAGAACGCAGGGUUUUGGAAGAGACUGGACAAAUGUCAAAGAAGUCAAUGAAAUUUUCAAAGUCUUUUAAAUCAGAAAAAUCACGUGGAGAUAUUUUGGAUCUUCUUGAUAUUCCAAAAAAGAAAAUCACAUUUGAUGAAACUGUAGCUGUUGAUACAGAGAGUAAAGAUUUGUCAUCAAACUCAUCUGAAACUGAUGAACAUGAUUCUGUAUUUUCUGAAAAAUCAGAUGAACUUGAUCUUCAGUAUAGAAAAAGAAUUCACCAAUAUGAUUUCACUGAUGUGAAAGGUUUCAACAAGUUUAAAGAAUUCAUCAGAGGAACUAUGGGUGAUAGCAUUAUGCAAUUAUGGAUGGAUAUUGACAAAACAAGAUUUGCUUUGUCUUUGAAGAAAGUUUCAAUAUUUCUAGCAAAACUCCGACAGAAAUAUCUCAAUGUAUCAAGUUUAAACCACAUAUCUAAGGAAAUGCUCAAAAAAUGGGAGCUUGAGAAUGCAUCCUGCUGGACAACCAAGAAUUUACAAAAUGUUCAAAGAAGCAUUGUUGAAUCUUUGCUGCUCUAUUGGGGUCCAAGGUUCUUGAUUCAUUCAAUGGUGCAACCAUUUACAACAAUUCCACCACCUACACCAACUAUUAAAUUGCAAGGUAGAUUGCUAAGACCAAUGUCAAGUCAAUCUUAUCCAACUCCUAAAACACAGAUUAUUCAUCCAUUGAGACCAAAAUCAUGUUUGCCAAGAAUCAAGACAAAAAAAGGAUCAACAAAAUUAGUUAACAAAGAAGAAGACGAAAAACCAAAGAAGCCCCAAUACCAUGAGAUGGGAAUGUAUCAAAAGCUUAACUAUCAUCCCCAAUAUCAACAUCAAAUGUAUCAUAUGUUAAAAUUCAAACAAUAUGAAACAAAAACUAAAGAACCAAAAAGUCUUUUUCCUCCUGCUAAAGAAAGUACAUUUCGUCCAUCUUCAAGAUACUUGAACAAAAUGCAGUCUCAAGCAAAACGUCCAGGAUCAGCUGAGCCAUUAACAAUGGGAACACUGGCAAUUUUUGAGAGGAAGGGAAGAAUAAAAUCAGCCCAGCAACUAUCUCAAUCGACUCCAUUUCCUCAAUCCAUGAAACAACCAUCAUUUGAUAGACAUUCUCUGAUGUCACAACAAACUUCACUAUCAAGUGCAUCAAGAACAACAAUACGAGGAAGUGAACCAAUGGAGAGUAUGCUACAGGCAUUGUAUCAUGACACAAGAGCAGGAUGGUUUUUCACUCGAUACUGCGAACAGUCAGGAAACAAGGAUUGGAGUAAUGCGAUACACUUUUGGUUUGAUACUCAAGAAUUUCACAAUUUAUUUUACACAAAUUCACUCGAUCCUUUCAUUGUACAAAGAAAAGCUCAGAUUCUCUACUCAACCUACAUUGUUGUGAGCGCACCAGAACAAAUAGGUCUCCCCAAAGUUAUUCGACAGAAAAUCUCAAAAAAUUUAGAACCAGCUUUUGAUGAAUUGUUUGAUGCAGCAGAAGAACAUGUACUAAAACUAUUGAUUAUUCCAUGGAAUGAAAUGCUUGGAAAUGACCAAGAAAGAUACAAAAAGGUUGAGAUGAUUGAACAAGAAAGAAAUUUGCAAGUUGCAUCGAAAUAUCUCAGUUUUCUUCAAAGAAAAGGAGUCAUCAAAGAAAAACGUGUUGCCAUGGCGACUGACACUCUAGGAGAAGAAAAAUAUGAAGGAGAUUUAUGGGCAAAAGUGCCGGAAGAAUAUCGUACAUUUUCAUUUGAUGAACUUGUCCGUAAUCGACUGGAACUUGAACAUUUUCGCAAAUUUUUAGAAGAGAAUUAUGCAAAAACUGACCUACUUUGCUGGCUUGACAUUGAAAGUUUCAAGAGAGUUCCACAUCAAGCUUCAGAUAAAAGAGAUGAAAAAGCUCGAGAAAUAAAAACAAAAUAUCUUCAUAAAAAGUACUUUUUUGGGCCGAGCAGUCCAGCUAAUAAAGACCAACAAAACAAGGUUGUAGAAAUUUCUGGAGGUUGGGGAAUGACAUUGAGAGAAAGACCACCUAAUGAAAUGAUUCUUGAGGCUCAGAAAUAUGUCAGAAACAGAUUAGAAAAAAGAUGGCUGCCAAGAUUUUUAGCAACACCUGGAUUUGAGGAGCGUCAGAGGCCACCUUCACAAAUGUCAGAUGUUGCAGAAGAUAUUGUUUUACAAAAGAAAAAGAAGAAAGGAGAACCGUGGAAGCUGCUGGAUAACAAAUGGCAAACAUCAUCUCGCGAGCUUGUUGAAUUUCGUCAUGCUCUGGCAAAUCCAGUGACGUCAUCACAAUUUCGUAGAUAUGUUGCCGUGAAGGGAGACUUACUUGAAAAUGAUGUUUUGUUUUGGUUAGAAGUUCAAAAAUAUAAGGAUUUCUGCCAUGCUCACAAUGAUCAAUCUGCUAUUGAUGCAAAAAUAUUUGCAAUUAUUCAUUGCUUCCUUGAUUCCCAAAUUCCUCCUCAAGUGCAAAUCGAUAUUCCCAAUGAAAUGGCUGAAAGAAUCAUUGAGAAAAGAAAAGAAUUGGGACCUUAUGUUUUCAGAGAAGCCCAGUUGACGGUAUUCAGAGUUCUUUUUCCACAUUGGUCCGGAUUCUGUGAAUUCAGGAAGAACAGAACAGAUGAGAAACUAACAACCACACUAGAGCGACAAAGAGCCCGAAAAAUGGAGAAAGUACGAAGACAACUUAUCCAACAACAGAAUGAACAGAUCGCGAGAGAAUUAGCAAAGGCUGCGAAAGAAGCUGAGACUAAUGUUGGAACAACAGAUUCCUUGGCCGAAAUUCUAUCUUCUGUCGGUAGUGAAGUAAGCGGUAGCAUUGCUAUUUUACCGCCAAGUACUCCUGGAAAUCAGAUUCGAUGGUCAUAUGGGAAAUAUGUAGAAGCCCUUGAUAAAGAAAGACACUUAUUAUUGAUGGAAAAUGAAGUAAAAGGAAGAAUUCCAGCGGAACAACUACCAGAAGUUGAUGAUGACGUGUCGUCAGCUGACAGUGACAGUAUAAUAUCAGACGAAGGCUCUGUCGACGCUGGAAGUAGUGUGACGUCAUCAGCACAAAACGGAAGUAUGUCAUCUGUGACUGGCGAAAAACGCAAACGAAAAAAGAAAAAUAAAGACAAGAUUAUAUACAGCACUAUCCCUGAGCAUCCUGUAGCAGUUAGCGGAAAUGAUACCGCAGUUCAGCCGGCCGAUGUACCCAAAGUAGAAUCGAAGAAAUCCACCGAUAAAUCUGCGCGUAAAAAAUCGGCAGAACCUAAAGAAAAGGCGACUCCCACAAAUGGCAAAGAAAAGGAGACCGAGAAAAAGCCUGUCAUUGUAAUUGAUUAGAAUUUGGAAAGAAAUAGUAAAUAUAUGUUAUACAAUUAGUUAAACAAAGUAUGGAACAAUACUUCAAAUUUGCAAAACCUGAAAGAAAGAUAUAUACCUACGAAGUCCUAGACCUGACCGGUAAUCUGAUACAAUAUAUUCAGUUAAAUUUAAAUGUAAUUAGUAGUCAACUAUUUAUUGCAACAUAUUUUAAACAAAAUUUUGUCUGCCUUAAAUAGAAAAUCCCAUUUUUUGUAAAAGAGUUAGAUGUCUAUCGAAUUACUCAUUGUAUAAUAUUCAACAUUUGUUAUUGUUUUAGAUGUCUUUAUUUGGCGCAAAUAUCAUUGCCAGAUAUCGAAGCAUUUUUGCUUCGGCGUUGUUCACUGUUUUUUCGCUCAACUAGCACGGUAUUUACGCUUAGUUUUUAGUUUGAAUUGGGCUAUAUUGAAUCAAAUGUUUAUUUUAUAAUUUUAUAUUCUAUAAUUAUGUGUAUAAUUAUAUUUUUAAAGUGCCAAAUUGUGGAAGUGUAUAUCGAAGUUUUUGAAAUAAAAUUGUAUCGUA